UUAAUAUCGCUCAGUCCUCCUCUCGAAAGUAACACAGCAACAAGGCGGCAGCAUAAGUGCAUAUAUGCAUUUAUUGUUUAAUAAUAUAAAUUGAGUAAUAACGAAGGCAAAAUAUGCUUAUACGUGAUUUAGUGAAACUUGAGUGAACAAAAGCUUCUUAAGUACCGCUGAUUCCUAGAAGUGAUAUCGAAAAUGAUGAUCACAUUACAUACCUAAAUAUGAGUGCUUGUGCAAAGUUAAUAAUAAUAUUGUGUGAAGUUUCCAACAGAAUUUUAUUAUUUAAAUCACACGGUUUUAAGUAAAUUAAUGUGCUAUUAUCUAAUCGAAUUUAACGGCUUUUUACGAUAAUUCCAACCGUGCCACACCGACGGCAAACCCAUAUUAUAUACAUAUAUAUAUAAUUAAUUAGAAUUCAAGUGUUUUAAUGGUAAUAUAUUAGUAGCUGCAAUAAAAUGGAUGCCUACGCUUUGCCCACCUACUUUCCACUUGCGUACUCCGAAUUACAAUUUUUAGCGUCGCGAAGGGCUGCAGCCGUUGCCGCUGCGGCCUUGCCUUCGGGUUCAGGUUCUCCGGGCUGCAUUACCAAUGUACACACAACGGAUGUUUCCAGCUCGGUGUCGAUGCCAUCAUCCAUAAUGCAGGCAUCUCCUGAAGCAUCAGAAGCAACAAUUAAACCUCCUACAACAUCGAUUCUUCCGUCGAGUGGGAACAUUUUACAUCACCCGCAGCAUCAUCAUCACCCAGAGCAUCAUCAGCAUGUUCAUGGGCAGACGCAACAUGCACAUGAAUUUCAUCCAGCUUAUAGAAUUCCUGGGUACAUGGAGCAGCUGUAUUCCCUUCAGCGCACCAGUUCAACAGCAUCAUUUCAUGAUCCGUAUGUUAACUGUGCUGCCUCAGCCUUCCAUCUGGCAGGCCUCGGCAUAGGUUCAGGUGAUUUUUUGGCCACCUGUGGCAUGGGCUCGUUGGGUGAUCUGCAUCAUGCUGCCGUAGCAGCUGCCGCGGCGGCUGGAUCGCUGGCCAGCACCGAUUUUCCAUUCAGCAUUGAUAAUGGUAAUAACAGACGCCCCCCGCCUGGUGGUAGUAUUAGGACCAGUAUUAGCCGCAAGCGAGCUCUGUCUUCAUCGCCAUAUUCUGACUCAUUUGACAUUAACUCAAUGAUUCGAUUCUCGCCAAAUUCUCUGGCCACACUAAUGAAUGGUUCUCGAGGGAGCAGUGCUGCCAGUGGCUCCUAUGGCCACAUCCCCAUGACCCAUCCCGCACACGCAACAUUGGCACCGCGCUUGCAGCAGAUACAAGCACACUUGUUGCGCGCCAGUGCUGGACUUUUGAAUCCUAUGGCUUCGGCGGAGCAAGCAGCAGCGGCAGUAGGAUUUGCCGUAAACCAAGGAAAUCACUUAACCGAAGUGGUUUCCCGAAACAUCAGUGAUUUACCCUUACAGUUACCGAAUCAAAUACCAACUUCUUCAACUGCCCCAAGAAUUAAUGUCUAUGAUGAACACAAGUUUAUAAAAAAAGGCCACGAUCGUCUGCUUAAAAAUACGGCACCAGCUGAACAGCCAUCGUCAACAUCUGGCCAGACCCAAGUAGCCCAAGUAGAAGCCGAUAGUGCCUCAUCGAAUUUAUCGGAUCGCUUUGAUAACAGAAAAGAUAAUAUUGCUAAAUGUACACCCAAUGCUGAUCUAAAAUUAAGCCAUCACCACAGUGAAGAGUUAUUAAAUGAAUAUGAUUGUGCCAAUGCUGAUACAACGGAUAUUAAAGACGAACCUGGUGAUUUUAUUGAAACCAAUUGCCAUUGGCGUAGCUGUUGCAUUGAGUUCAUCACACAAGAUGAACUGGUUAAGCAUAUAAAUAACGAUCAUAUCCAGACUAAUAAGAAGGCCUUUGUCUGUCGAUGGGAGGACUGUACGCGAGGUGAAAAGCCAUUUAAAGCUCAGUAUAUGCUUGUCGUACAUAUGCGUCGCCAUACAGGUGAAAAGCCGCACAAAUGCACAUUUGAGGGCUGCUAUAAGGCAUAUUCACGUUUGGAAAACUUAAAAACCCAUUUACGCUCGCAUACGGGCGAAAAGCCAUAUACCUGUGAAUAUCCAGGAUGUAGCAAGGCAUUUAGUAAUGCCAGUGAUCGUGCGAAGCACCAAAAUCGUACGCAUAGCAACGAGAAACCCUACAUUUGCAAAGCACCUGGCUGUACAAAACGUUAUACCGAUCCAAGUUCGUUACGUAAACACGUAAAGACCGUCCAUGGCGCCGAGUUUUACGCUAAUAAAAAGCACAAAGGCUUGCCUGUAAAUGAUGUCAACUCUCGAUUACAUCGGAACAACAAUAACGGUGGUGGCCAUAAUAAUAGGCAGAGUCUACAGGAACACAACAUCGACUCGAGUCCCUGCUGCGACGAUAUACAUGUUAGCAAGGGAGUUAUGUCCAGCCCGAGUAUUAAAUCCGAAUCCGAUUGCAACUCUCCAAGUCAUCACAAUCAUCAGUUAGUAAGUGGAGUUCCCGACGCGUUACAUCACUAUCCAUCCGAUCACGUGGUUGAGAAUCUGACAUUGGAUGACAGUAACUGGAAUUGUGAAGAAGAUGUCGAUGUAGCAGAUCUACCAAUUGUACUCCGAGCCAUGGUGAAUAUUGGCAGUGGUGGAAAUUUAAAUGGAGGUGGAAAUGUUAGGCAGCGUUUUAGAAGUCGUCUGCAAACGAAGGGAUUAUGCAACAUACCGGAAAGUAAUCAUCAUAACCGUACAAUUGGCAUUAGUGAACUAAACCAGAGAAUAACAGAACUUAAAAUGGAACCAGGAGUUACCUCUGUAGCUUCCCCAAAAUCUGACAUUUUAGGAUAUGCCGACGAUUUGUCAUCACAGAAUCAAGUAAAUAAUCGUAAUUUAAUAUUCAAUAAGCAACAGAGCCUUCGUCGUGAUAGCCAAAACUCUACAAGUAGCACUUAUUAUGGCAGCAUGCCCAGUCGACGCAGCAGUCAGACAUCACAGCUAUCAUCAAUAUCCACCAUGAGACCCUGUACAUCACAUUAUGUCACGACAAAUGCCGCCUCUCUCUAUGAUCCCAUUUCACCAGGUUGUUCGCGGCGCUCCUCCAGUCAAAUGUCAAAUAUAAUGCCAAGUUGUUACAGCUUACCUUCGGGAAAUAGCAACACAAUUAAUGACUCUAUUAAUAAGACAGAAAUUGAUUUAAAUUUCCAAUGCAUCAAUUCAUAUAAUAACAACAGCAAUAGCGUUCCUCCGCCACCUUCUUCACAUGUUAUUGCCACGAAUUUAAAAAGAUUGCAAAAUAAUGACUUGGAAGGAGUUUGUUAUCCGAUUCAAUCUACAAACUCCGGUCGCUAUUCUAUUCCCAAUUAUAUACGAGCUGAAUCGGAUUUCCCCUAUGAUAUAUCGUCUCGGCGCCAAUCUGAACCAACUAAUCAGCAAAAUGUUGAGCCAAUAAUUACCACUCAAAGUUCUAUAAAAAUUAAAAAUGGCAACCAGCAGCUUAGAAAAGAGCUUCCAGUGAAGGUGGAUAAUGUUAAUAUACCUCUCGUCAACCCAACCAACGAAGUUAAUAUUGCACUCAACCCAAGCAACAUGUGUAUGCCUCGGAGCAACGAACAACAUCCCAAUGAACGCAUAAAUUUAGAUGAAGUUGAGGAGCUAAUACUACCCGAUGAGAUGUUACAGUACUUAAAUUUGGUCAAAGAAGACAAACAAACAGAACAAGGUCAAGAUGAUACAUUUUUACCAACAAAAGAAAACAAAACAACAGAUCAACCAGACACUGAAGGUCUACAAAUUUUACAUCCCAAUGUCCAUAACUUUUCAAGAAACGAACCACAACCUAUAGCGAAAUCAAAUCAAAAUCAAAUUAUUGACUCGUCAAUGACUAGUUUGCCUGAGUUAAAUGUCAACACUGCUGGAAAAUCAAUAAGAAAUGAAAAUCAGAAUCAAAACAAUUAUAAUAUUGAGAUACAAUGCGGCAUUGUUAGUCAGUCACAAAUGUCUCCGUCUUUAAAUAUUAACAAUGAAGUCCUAACCACAACUAAAAAGAUCCCAGAAACCAUAAAUAAUUCAAAUAUCAACUCAAUGCAACUAGACACAUAUCAGCGUACUUUGGAAUACGUUCAAUCCUGUCAAAAUUGGAUGGAGACAACAAAGAAUACAGCAUCGAUAGUUGAUCAAGUGCCAAUGUCAGUGUGGCCUGAUGUUAGCAGUUCCACACAUCCGUUUCCGGGCGCAAAUAUGGUCAUCAACGAUAUGACAACAUCUUUAAGCUCACUUUUGGAGGAAAAUCGGUAUCUACAAAUGAUGCAGUAGUAGUUGGCAAAGUUUUUUUCAAAAUUAAAUCAGAAGAUAUCUAUAAA